AUGAAGGCCGUGUGUUUACGCGGACGCUUUGCUGCCGUAAAACCCCAUCGAAGAAGAAAAGGCGGAAGUUAGCUUGGUUUCAAGACUGGUGGGAAAUAGCUUUGCUGUACGAAGCGAAAUCGAGUAAAAAGCAUCCAAACAUAAAAAAGGUACAAAUUGCGGCUGCCGUCAACAAUUUAAGCCUUUUUAAAGGAAUAAUGGCGUCAUACGAAGAGCAACUUUGUCGAGUGCGAGAGGAAACAGAGCCACAACUGGACGCGAUUGCGGAAAACAUCGAAGCCCCAUAUGUGGAGGACGAGGAGGAUGCGCAGAUUGCCACCUUCAAAGAGGAAGAGGAGGAGGUUGAUGUCAGCGAGUUGCCACUGACUGUCGUCGUCGUGAAGGGUGAAGAUGAAGAAGACGAAGCACCCGAUUGGUCACAGUUUCAUCAUCAUGGUCCAAGUGCGGACCAUUGUGGAAGACCAGCAGCAGACAAGCUAUUAGCACCUCUGUCACUUAGUGCUUGCAUGGAAGAACCCUUGAGAGGUGAUGGCAGCUGUGAAAGUGACGACAAACACUUGAAAAGCUCUCAAAAGGAGACACUUCAUGUGAGAUGUCACACUGAUAAAAAACGUUUUUUCUGCUCGGUUUGCAGUGAAACCUUUGCCCGAAAAGAAAAUAUGAAUGUACACAUGAGAACACAUACGGGAGAGAAACCUUUUAGUUGUACAGUUUGUGGUGAGAAAUUUGCUCGCAAGGGCUCUUUGAAUGGACACACCGCAACGCACACGGGGGAAAAACCUUUCAAGUGCUCACAGUGUGGCGAAAGCUUUACUUAUAAUUACAAUUUGACUCGACACAUGCAGACACAUACGGGUGAGAAACUCUUCAUUUGCUCAGUUUGUGGUGUGAGCUAUCCUUAUAAGCACAGUUUGAGUGUGCACAUGAGAACGCACACAGGAGAAAAACCCUUUAGCUGCUUAGAUUGUGGUGAAAGAUUUACAAAUAAGAGAAAUUUAAACGUACACAUGCGGACGCACACCGGUGAAAAACCUUUUGGUUGUUCGGUUUGUGGUAAAAGAUUUACUCAAGGGUCACAUGUGAUUACCCACAUGAGAACACACACGGGAGAAAAACCUUUUAGAUGUUCAGUUUGUCAUUCUACAUUUUCAAAAAAAGCAGCUUUAAUUGCACACACAGCAACACACACUGGAGAGAAACCUUAUACAUGCACAGUUUGUGGCGAAAGCCUUUCUUAUAAACACAGUUUGAAUGCACACAUGAGAACACACACUGGUGAAAAACCCUUCAGGUGCUCAGUUUGCAGUAAAACAUUCCCUCAAAAGCAAAACAUGAUCAAACAUAUGAGAACACAUACGGGUGAAAAACCUUUUAGUUGCUCGGUUUGCGGUGACACAUUUGCUCACAGCUUCUCAUUGAGCAUACACAUGCACAAACACACAGGAGAAAAACCUUUCCGUUGCUCAAUUUGUGGUAAAAUAUUCUCUCAGAGUGCAAACAUGGUAGCACACAUGCGGACACAUACAGGUGAAAAACCUUUCGGUUGCACUGUUUGUGACAAAAUGUUCUCUCAAAGGGCACAUUUGUUGGCACAUGUGAGAACGCAUACGGGAGAAAAACCCUUUACUUGCUUAGUUUGUCAUAAAAGAUAUUUUAAAAAGUCCAGCUUGACGGCCCACACGCGGAAACACAAUGGUGAUUAAACGUUUUCCUGCAUAACUUGUGAAAAAACAUCAGUAACUGCAAUGAAUUAGGGAGGGUGCAAUAAUGGUGAACGUUUAAUCAAAAAAACUAAAACAGAGUAUCCGGAGAAAAUCCAUGCAGGCACGAGGAGAACAUGCAAAUUCCACAUACGCAGGGCCAGAUUUGAACUUGGCUCCUCAGAACUGUAAGGGCAGAUAUCAUACACAUACUUUAAAAUAAUGAACUUUAAAAUAACAUCUACAGUAAUUGCUAAAUCUCAUUUAUUGUGAUACAUAGUAUUGUUUUUUUGUUUGUUUGUUUUUGUGGCACUUUUCCAUUUACUAUUGUCUGAUUAAUCUUAUUUUGAGGACUGUGCAGAGAUGUACAUUUCAAUAAAUUUGAAUGUUGAUUUCAGUAGUUGUAAUUUUUAUCACUGAACGUACUGUACCUUU